GAACUCCUACUGCUCCCACUUCCAUUCACAGUUGUAUUGCUUCAUCCUGUACUUCCUCGCUAGCUAUCAUCUAUCUCCCUAUCUCUGUUUUCCUAGAUGAUGGUACUUUCAAUCUCCAUCAACAGCUGUGGCUUCUGCUUUACAGGAAGGAAAGACAUGGUGUGUAUGCAAAGCCAGCUCAUCAAAAAGAGGUGAUUCAAGAGAGUGGGAGCACACACACACUUCUACAAAAUAGCAUGGAUGGAGAUCAUUUUAUGAGGUUGGCUCUUCAUGGCAUCGAGGCGGACAUGCCAUUGGCUGAAUCGGAAGAUGAUGAUGAUGUUCACAUACUAACUCAAGAGGAGGAGUUUUUAACUCUUUAUCCUAGGAAGGAUCUGAAAGAGCUCAAUGAGACUGAGGAGGAUGGUGUGUUUACGGUUGUAGCACGAGUUACUAGCCUUGCUGAAGGGGAGAAGUGGUGGUACUCUGCAUGCAGUUGCCACAAGGCAGUAACAACUGAGGAUGGAACAUUUUACUGUUCUGGAUGCCGCAAACCUUUACUGUCCGUAACUCCUAGGCUCAAACUAAAGGUAGAAGUUGAGGAUGCCUUUGAUUGUGGUACAUUUGUCAUAUUUGGCACUGAUUGCCAACUACUUCUUAACAAAUCAUGCAAAGAGUUGGUCAUGAUCUCAAAGGCGAAGUCUCCAUAUGAAUACCCGGCUGAGAUUGAGACUAUCAUUGGUAGAGAACUCUUAUUCAAAGCUGAGAAGUCAAUUGGCCAUGGGACCAAGUUUGAUGAUUCGUACAAGGUUAAGAAAAUAUGUUCCUAAUUCGCUGUGAUUGAGAGUUUCAAGGACAAGUCAAAGGUUCAAACCCUAAGCAAGAUGAUCACUAAGGGUAAAUUUCCAAAAUCCAGUGGUGGAACUGAUGAUACAAUUGGUGACUAUUCUGCAAAGUUGUCCGAAAUAGGACCCAAUGUUGUUUCACUUGAUGAAAUUUCCCCUCGAGAGGGAUCUGUCGCAUGCUCUUCAGUCCAAAGUGUUGGUAGUGAUGUUAGUACUACAAUGCCUGCUAAGAGAAUGAAGCUGCGUUCUGUCAAGCUGGAGAAGGAGUAGAAGUUGCAGCUUACUAAUUUUUUUAGUAUAAGUUAGUAUAUGUUAGUAAUUGAACCCAUGUUCCUAGAAGUUAGUUUUUUGUAACCUACAUGUGCCUUUAUUAUUUACUAAUGCGUAGAAUUUUUAUAUAGAUAUAUAUAUAUGGGGUUUGUGACAUCCUUUGUCUUGAUAGAUUUGGUUUGGUUUGUAAGAUGAGUUGAUCUAAACUCAUAGUUCACUCUUCACUUUUGUAUUGACUUUUCAUUAAU